AACUUUAGAAAGUAAGGUUGCACCUUUUUGACAAAUGAAUAUAAAGGAUAAAAAUGUUGAAUUGUUAAUCCAUUACUCUGUACAAAUACACACACAUCUCAAACAAACAUCCAAAAAUUACCCAAACUCAAGCAGAAAUCCACUCACUACCUUUUUCUUGUGUGCAGAGAUUUCAUUCUUCAACUUUUUCUUCACCCUUCUUUCUUUUUUCUUCUUUUGUGCACAAAUUUCAAGCUUCAAUUUUUAGUUUCUUACUCAUUUUUUUUGCUAAUUUUUCCUCGAUUAUAGAUAUUGGGUAGUCCACAAAUCUUUGAAAUUUAACGUUCUUGAGCUCUGUGCUUGCUAUUAAAGCUUCCAUCUUUUUUCAACAGCAAAUUUAGCUUUGACUUUUGAACUUGAAAGGUUUAUAAUACUUGUAUUGUAUAAUGGACUCACCGCAAUCUGUUGUGUCACCAUUCAAGAACCUGACUGUAAGUGGUGCUGAGCCAGAGAAACAGAGAUCCGAAAUAUUGGUCCGGGGAUCUCCCACUCACAUGUCUAAUGGAACUGAUAAGAAUGGGGUGAAGAUUAGUGAUAAUAACCCAGAAGAUUUUAUUGGUGCCAUUGAUGUGUAUGUACAUCAGGCAAGGGACAUACAGAACAUCUGUAUAUACCACAAGCAAGAUGUUUAUGCCAAGCUUUGCCUGACAAGCGAUCCUGAAACUGCUGUAUCCACGCAAACCAUUAAUGGCGGUGGGAGGAAUCCCGUCUUCAAUCAAAGCCUUCAGCUGAAUGUCAGGACCAUUGAGUGUUCCUUAAAAUGUGAGAUUUGGAUGCUUAGUCGUGUCAGAAACUACCUUGAAGACCAGCUUCUUGGGUUCACUCUUGUUCCAUUGUCAGAAAUCCUUCUCAAGAAUGGGAAGUUAGAAAGAGAAUUCACUCUUUCGUCGACUGAUCUCUUUCAUUCUCCAUCUGGAUUUGUCCAAUUGUCUCUCUCAUACUCUGGAGCUUCCCCUGAAGUCAUGGAAAUUCCUAAACAACCCAUGGAAACCGAAAAUGCAGUUCAGAAAUCAGAAUCUGUGGAGUCUGUUCCUUGUGCUUUUGACAAUAUCGAGUUUCCCGACCCAAAUAUCGUGAAUGAAAACCAAAUGAUGGUAUCUGAGUACUUUGGUAUGAGCUUAGAUUCUCAAACUACUGAGAGUUUGAUUUCAUCUGACACCGAGAGUCACGAGCUUGGUGUUCGUAUUGUGGAGAGCUUCUCGGCAAACAGUGAAGACUCCAAGCCAAUCCCUAAUGCUGAUUCCCCUCCUAGCAGUGUUUCCACCAAUGGAUCUCCAUCAGUUUGUCUCCCUACAAGCUCUCAAUCUUCUGAGGCUCCAGUCACUUCAAAAUCUCCGAGCCAUGAGCACGUUUCCCCCCUAAAGGACCAGAAGAACGACGAGGGAGCUGGUGAAAGCAAUUCUACCGAAGCUCAUAAACCAUCGAAAAAUACCAUUAUAACCCCACUUGUUACUGUCAAUGUUGAGCCAGAAGAGAAGAUGGUGCAGCAGGACAUUGUGGAUAUGUACAUGAAGAGCAUGCAGCAGUUUACCGAAUCCUUGGCGAAAAUGAAGCUUCCAAUGGAUCUUGAGUCUCAACCAACCAAAUCAGGGAAUUCAUCGAGUUCUGAUCAGAAGUUGGAAACACCAAAGAGUACUGGAUCGCGGGUCUUCUAUGGGAGUAGGGCUUUCUUCUAAUAUGCUUUUUUAUGGUCAUGGUAGAAAGCUAAAACAGGUGACUUUUAGAUUUUAGAAUCAAAAGCCAAUAUUUAGCAAUUACUAAUGUAUGUUGUGAUGUAAUUUGUGCUUCUAGUCUUUUACCUUUGUAUGUCAAGAUGUCUUAGAUGAUGGUAGGAGAUAUUGAGCAAUGGCUGUACUAGGUGCAAACUUUGUUCUGUUACAUUUCCUGUCAUUAAAUGAACAAGUUUCUUCUGUCA